AUGUCGAAUUCUCAGAAACGUUCUGAUUCUUGGAGUGAUGUGGAAAGGAAAUCAAAAAGGCGAAAAGAUAGGUCAUACUACAAGAAACAGAGUACGAUUACAAGCUUGACACCAAAUAUUUCCGGAAUUUUUGCCAGCUGCACAAAAUCCAAAGAGGCACUUUGUGUGAGAGAAUGCUACGAUCUUUUUAAUGCGUACGCAGAAAAAUUAUAUGAACCUAAAGAUUCCAAUAGCGCGCUUUCCAACUCAGAUGUUGAAGAUGAGGAUAUCGAAAAUUCUAUAGCAAAAGAGCUUGCACAGAUGAGACAACCGCAUACAUCACAUCGAUUCGCAUCAAUUCAAACCGGAACAGAUUGUGUUGUAUUCGUAAAGACCGACCCGUCAAUUAAUCCUGUUCAUCUGGUCCACCAUAUUUUAACCGAUUUGAACAAUUCAGGGCAGAAGAAAACACGAUUCUGUAAGCGACUUAUUCCAAUCACGAAAACUUGCUACGCCAACAUGAAUGAUAUUGAGAAGCUGUCUGAGGAGGUGAUAAAGCCACAUUUUUACACGCAGGACCGAGAUCAGCAACAAAAGAUCAAGUACGCGGUUGUUCCAAAUAUUCGGAAUAAUCAAACUGUUGAAAGAAUGGAGUUGAUCACACUGAUUGCGCGAGUGGUUGGCAAUUAUCAUGUCGUCAAUCUUGAUGAGCCAGACUUGGUCAUCAUCGUAGAGGUUUUUAAGAGCAUAUGCGGUAUGAGUGUUCUAUCGGAUUAUAAGAAACUGAAAAGGUAUAACGUUGAAAGUAUAUUUGAAGGAAAAAGUAAAGAUAAUAUUGCGCAAGAACAUAAAUUAAAUGAGGAAACAGGACUUACCGAGGAAAACAAUGGUCCACAAAUUUUGAUAAGCCUUAGGCUUGGUUGA